UCGGCCCCGCCUCCGGCCCUCACUCGGCUCCUGGCCCCACCCGUGCAUGGUACCCUCGGGAAUCCUCGGCUGGAGGGACUCGCUUUCCCGCCGAGCCCGGUCGGGGCAGAGCCCGGCCUGCAGCUGCGAGGACCGGAGCGGCGGGAGGUGGCGCCUCUGUUCUGGAGCCGGGAUUCGCGGCCAUGACAGUGUCGGCCCGCGCCUUCUGGCUGCUCCGCGGCCGCCUGGGCCGAGUGUCGGCGUUGGGCCGGAGCGCGGCGUCGCUCUUGGCGGCGCCGGGAACGGCCGGGCGCGCGUUCCGGGGCUUUCGGAGCAGCGGCUUGAGACAUGACGCAAUUAUUAUCUCAGGAACUGAAAUGGCCAAACAAAUCCAGAAAGAAAUACAGCGAGGUGUGGAAUCUUGGAUUUCUCUUGGGAAUGGAAGACCUCACCUCAGUAUCAUUUUAGUGGGUGAUAACCCAGCAAGCCACACAUACGUCAGGAAGAAGAUCAAAGCUGCUGCUGCCGUAGGUAUCUGUAGUGAGAUCAUUCUAAAACCUAAGGAUGUUUCUCAGGAAGAACUUUUGGAUAUAACCAAUCAAUUGAACAUGGACCCAAGAGUCAGUGGUAUAUUAGUUCAGUUGCCACUGCCAGACCAUGUGGAUGAGCGGACAGUAUGCAAUGGAAUUGCCCCGGAAAAAGACGUAGAUGGAUUUCAUAUUAUUAACAUUGGAAGACUAUGCCUGGAUCAGCAUUCUCUCAUACCUGCCACUGCUAGUGCUGUUUGGGAAAUUAUCAAACGAACAGGAAUUGAAACAUUUGGAAAAAAUGUGGUUGUGGCUGGAAGAUCCAAGAAUGCAGGGAUGCCCAUCGCCAUGCUCUUACACACUGAUGGAGAGCACGAACGGCCAGGAGGUGAUGCAACUGUGACAAUAGCUCACAGAUAUACUCCCAAAGAACAACUGAAGAUCCAUACUCUGCUGGCAGAUGUUAUCGUAGUAGCUGCAGUUGUUUUCACGCCACUCACCCUCAGCAGGAGCCUGUUUCAUCUCCAUAAUCUUCCCAUGCUAUUUAUAGUACGUGAAAUACAAAAGGAUGCUGCUCAAGUGGGUGUCCAUUUGGAGAAAUGCUUUGGUAUCCCAAAGCUGAUUACAUCUGAUAUGGUUAAAGAAGGUGCUGCUGUAAUUGAUGUGGGUAUCAACUAUGUCCAUGACCCAAUGACAGGAAAGACAAAAUUAGUUGGAGACGUGGACUUUGAAGCUGUUAAGAAGAAGGCUAGCUUUAUCACUCCAGUUCCAGGAGGCGUGGGACCCAUGACAGUGGCAAUGCUUCUCAAGAACACCCUUCUGGCAGCUAAAAAAAUCAUUUACUAGAUCACAUGAAAGAAUAAAGCAAACUGAAGUCAUGCUACGUAUCUAUUUGACAAAAGGCAAAAAACCUUUAUAUUUUACUACAAAGCUAUUUCUACAUUGUAUUUAUUUUUUUCACAGAUGGAAUCAUUGUGGAUCAGAUGAUUCACACAAUCUUACGCAUUUCCUGCUAAUAAUUACUGAAUAUUUUGAGUGGAUAUUGAGUUUUAGGAAAAGAAAACAAAACAACUGCAAUGAAAACUUUGGUAACAAUUGUUUAUUUUGUGAUUAAUAUUUGUUCAUAACGUUAAAACUAAUAAAGGGCUCAUAAUAAAUGCAUAUAUUUUUGACACAAAUAGUGUGUUUUCAACAAACAUUUUGUCAGACAAAUAAGCUCCCUUGUAAAAUGUAGUUUAGGUUUUGCCAUAAUUAUGGCCAAUUUUUAUAUAUUUUAUGUACUAUAUCAUAUGAUGAAAAAGAGUUUAUUUGCUAAAGGAAAGAUAAAAUAUUAAAAAUAAAAUUUUGAUCUCAUAUACUUCCCAAAUGCAUCCUACGAGGCAUACUAAUGAGAAAUGAUGCUCCGUUCGAAGAAAGAAAAACAUGCAAGGAAGGCAAAAAAUGCAGUGCUACUUGGAAAGGUAUUGAUUAUUUCAAACGGUGAAUGACUACUUGCCAAGUAAAAAUGCAAUAAGAAUGUGUCAGGUUUACAUGUAAUUUCUUUGUUCUUCUAGAAAAAUAUUUGGAUAAUACCUUCCUUGAAGAAUAAUGGAAACUCCAAAACCAAACAAAUAUACAAAACAAAACUAAGGUUGUAUUUUCCCACAAAUAUCAGGAAAACACAAUAUAGUAUGAAUGAGGACUUCAUUAAAGAAUAGAAGUUAUGUUUGUUCACAAAUCUAGAAAUCUAAUAGAAAAAUAUGACAUAAUGUGCCCAAGCUAAGCCUUAUGAUAUGACUAAAAAUCUAUUGCUUUGUUACUCACAGUUCUUCCUUCUUCUCUUAUAGCAUUUGGUUCUCAAAGUAGAUGCCAUGUUUCUAACACAAUUUAAAUUAGAAAAAACAUGUGACUGUCCGUUGAAGGCUAUUUUGAGACUACCCUGGGCAUAUAAUUUCAGGCCCAAAUCCCAGUCUGUUUAUGUACCAGUAAUGAUUCUUACCCAGUGCAUGUCGUUAUUAGUGUAUACUCUUGAUCAUUUGUGUGAAAAUAGACUAGAAUGUUUAUAAUUAAUAUUUCAACUGUAUAAUAAAACCAGU